AUGCUCCUGGAUGCCGGGGCUGAUACGGCUAUUGCGGAAGACAACGGAUGGACACCACUUCACGCGGCAGCUACGAGAGGCCACGUCGAGGUAAACAGGCUGCUUCUCGAGCAGGGGGCUGAUAUCACGGCUCAAAAUAAUGAUGGAUGGACACCACUCCAUGCAGCAGCCCUCAAAGGCCACGUCGAGGUGGUCAAGCUGCUUCUAGAGAAAGGCGCCAACAUCACAGCUGUGAUUAAUAACGGAGGGACACCACUCCAUGCAGCAGCUCACAGCGGCCACGUCGAGGCCGUGAAGCUGCUUCUGGAGAACAGGGCCGAUGCCGCAGUUGCGGGUAAUAGCGGAUGGACACCACUUCACGCAGCAGCUAAAAAGGGCCACGUCAAGGUGGUGAAGCUGCUUUUGGAGAAGGGGGCCGAUGUCACUUGUGCAAAUAAGAAUGGAUGGACACCACUCCAUGCGGCAGCUCUGGGCGGCCGCGUCGAGGUAGUCGAGCUGCUUCUCGAGAAGGGGGCCAAUGCCACGGUUGCUGGUAGUAAUGGAUGGACACCACUUCACGCGGCAGCUAUCCGAGGCCACGCCGAGGUGGUGAAGGUACUUCUCGAGAAGGGGGCCUCUGCCACGGUUGUGGGUAGCAACGGAUGGAUACCACUUCACGCAGCAUCUUUCGACGGUCACGUCGAGGUAGUCAAGCUGCUUUUGAACAAGGGGGCUGAUAUCGCGGCUACCGAUAGUGAUGGGUGGACAUCGCUUCACGCAGCAGCUUGCGAUGGCCACUUCGAGGCGGUGAAGCUGCUUUUAGAAAAGGGGGCCGAUGUCACGGCUGCCAAUAGUGAUGGAACGACACCACUUCACGCAGCAGCUUGCAAUGGCCACUUCGAGGUGGUAGAACUACUCCUGGGGAAGGGAGCCGAUGUCGCAAAUCGUAAUGGAUGGACACCACUCCACGUAGCAGCUCUCAAAGGCCAUUUCGAGGUGGUCAAACUGCUUUUAGAGAAGGGGGCCGAUAUCACAGCUGCAGAUGAUAACAGAUGGACACCACUUUACGCAGCAGCUAGCGGUAACCAUGUCAAGGUCGUCAAGCUGUUUCUCGAGAAUGGGGCUGAUGUCACGGCUGCCGAUAGUAAUGGAUGGACACCGCUUUACACAUCAGCUCUUGACGGCCACGUUAAGGUGGCUAAGCUGCUUCUCGAGCAUGGGGCUGAUGUCACGGCUGCGAGCAAUGAUGGAUGGACAGCACUCAAUACAGCAGCUUUAAAUGGCCAUGUCGAGGUGGUGAAGCUGCUUUUGGAAAAGGCGGCCGAUGUCACAGCUGCGAGUAAUGAUGGGUGGACACCAAUUCACUCAGCAGCGGAUGAAAGCCACGUCGAGGUGGUCAAACUGCUUCUCGAGAACGGAGCCGAUGUCACGGCUGCAAAAAAUGAUGGAUGGACACCACUUAUUACAGCAGCUAGCAAUGGCCACGUCGAGGUGGUCAACCUGCUUCUCGAGAACGGAGCCGAUGUCACGGCUGCCGAAAGCGAUGGAUGGACACCACUCAAUACAGCAGCUAGCAAUGGCCACGUCGACAUGGUUAAACUGCUUCUCGGGAACGGGGCUGAUGUCACGGCUGCAAAUCAUGAUGGAUGGACACCACUCAAUACAGCUGCCAGCAAUGGCCACGUCGAAGUGACUAGACUGCUUCUUGAGAAUGGAGCCGAUGAUAUGACUACAGAUUGUCACGGGUGGACGCCACUUCACCUCGCUUCUCAAUACGGGCAUUUUGAAGUUGUUAAAAUACUUGUAGAGAAGAAGUCUCUUGUUGAUAUGGUGGAUGUCGAUGGCCGCUCGGCUCUUUUCUACGCUUGCGCGAGGGGACACGUGGAGGUGGUCGAGCAUCUUCUGCUUUGUGACGCUGCGAUAAACACUGCCGACCGCUAUGGUGCAACUCCUCUAUUCGCUGCUACGAGAAACAGCCAUGAGAAGGUUGUGACGUGCUUGCUUGCCGUGGAUUGUGGCUUCGAUCAUUUUGUCGACGGCCUCGGUCGAACGUUGCUAUGGUGGGCUGCGAGGAGCGGGAAUGCUCAGGUAAUGGAGGUGAUCGUUCAAUUUGCGAGAAAAAAAGGUAUUCAAACCAGCGACAAUGACUUGGCCGUGGGGUAUAGUCCGACGACGCAUGAUGAGUCCUCGGCUUGGUGCGACUGCUGCACCCGUUACAUUGGGAGAAGCGACAGUCACCUCGUCUGUCUUAAGUGCCAUGGCGGCAGCUUUGACCUCUGCGUAGAGUGUCAUGAAUUUGGCGCGUGGUGUCACGAUCGUUCGCAUAAUUUGAUACCCCAUGAUAUGCAUGCAUCUUAG